AUGGCUGAUGCUGAAACGAUGGCACCCGAAGAGCUAGUGUUUUCUUACAAGGGGCUUUUGUUUCCAAGUACUGUUUGCAGCCUUGAGACCUUCCAAGCUCUUGAGUCCUUUGAAGCAAGGAGUGAUGACGUGUUCCUAGCAGGAUACCCCAAGUCUGGUAAUAUCAUUUGCUUGCUAUAAACAGAUGUCAUGUUCAGAAUAAUUCUGAACGGUGGUUUGGGAGGGGUGGGAGGGGGCAUAGCUCACACUGUUAAAAUGAAAUGUCCAAGGACCUGUCCCUGAUAUGUCAGAGAUAUCAGGGCCAAAAUAUGUCACAGCUAUCAGGACAAAUGAUUUGUUAUUAGGAAUCAAUUAAUAGUAACCAUGAGGGAGGAGGCAACUAGACUGCAGUGCUGGCAAGGGGUGGUUUAGCUUCUUCUUCAACAACAUUUUCAGGAUUAAAAUGUCCCCCUCCCCCCAAAAAACCCACCUUGCUGGUACCUGCAAUAUAUCUGUACCUUUCUUCCAUCAGGACUAAUAGUAGAUGAGGAGAUUUCAUGCAUAAAGGGCCACUGAACCUCACUCCUUCAGUGUGACAAUACUAAUCUGAUAUUGCCACAGCCAUGGCAGUUUUUUAAAAAAAAAGGAAAAAAAGAUCAUAAUCAUAGGAAAUCACAAGCACAAUAUCCACUACUGCAUCUGCAGUGAACAUCCAUCCAUGCCACCAGGGGUUUUUGUUUUUAAAGUCUUUGCCUGGUGUCAAAAUGAUAAAACUUUAUUUUGAGAGGUGGUAAUAAGACAUGUGUGAUAUGUGUACUGUUUCCAUUUUUACAAUUAUUUUAUUAAUUCAUUCAUUAUAUUUAUGUACUUUUCAUAAAAAGAAAAAGUUCCCUGGUACAUUAGCACUGAUAACUGUUUAAUCAUUGUAGCUGUGAGGUAAAAACAUCACAUUCCCUCUCUCCACUUUUCAGGUACAAACUGGGUUGGUCAGAUCCUAACAGAUUUAGUACUAACAUCUGCAAAUAAUGAAGACACAAGUAACCUGAAUAAUGAAGAACUGGAAGAAUUUCCUUAUCUUGAAGUUGGAGAUCCAGAGAAGUACCAGGUGGAUAAAAAUGUGUUUACUAAGACUGCGGAAAGGGACUCUGAUUUAUUCCAGUGAAUUUUCUUUUAUUAGUGACAGCUUGUAUUGUAUGUAUAACAUGAUAAAGAUAGCAUUGUACCAGGGGAUGAACUUUAUAUAUCAAUCUACAAAGAUGUUCUUUCAUUUCAGAACGAUGCUGAACCAUUUGCAACUAUACUCUGUACCAUUUUCAAGCCUUUUCUUCACACAGCUGUUGAGAAAAGCUAUUCCAAAUGCCCUUAAAUUAUUUUUCUUGAUCAUCUUCUCUAUCAACAACUUUUAGGUAGCAAUCCUGUACACACCCCUGAACUCAAUGGGGCUCACUCCUGAGCAUAUACAGUAUAUAGGGUUGCACUUUGUUGUUGAUUUUCAAAGUUCUGUUUAACUUUCUAUUUGAAAUGCUAAACUUUAUUUACUGUCUCUCUAUCCCAUACAAUUUACCAAAGAGAAUGGCAGAUUUACCCUCUCGAAGAGUCAUAUUUACCCACCUCACUCCUCAAAAUCUUCCUCCAUCGGUCUUCAAGAAAAAAGCCAAGGUGAGUGAGUCUUCAUGGUGUGGAGAACUUGGACUGAUUUAGUAAAUCAGUUACAGGUAGGUAGCCGUGUUGGUCUGCCGUAGUCGAAACAAAAUAAAAAAAUCCUUCCAGUAGCACCUUAGAGACCAACUAAAUUUGUUAUUGGUAUGAGCUUUCGUGUGCAUGCACACUUCUGCGGGUUGCGCUGUGGUUAAACCACAGAGCCUAGGACUUGCCGAUCAGAAGGUCAGCGGUUUGAAUCCCCGUGAUGGGGUGAGCUCCCGUUGCUCAGUCCCUGCUCCUGCCAACCUAGCAGUUUGAAAGCACAUCAAAGUGCAAGUAGAUAAAUAGGUACCGCUCUGGCGGGAAGGUAAACGGCGUUUCCAUGCACUGCUCUGGUUUGCCAGAAGCGGCUUAGUCAUGCUGGCCGCAUGACCUGGAAGCUGUAUACCAGCUCCCUUGGCCAGUAAAGCAAGAAGAUCGCCGCAAUCCCAGAGUCAGCCACGACUGGACCUAAUGGUCAGGGGUCCCUUUACCUUUUAAGGUGCUAUUGGAAGGAAUUUGUUUAUUUAGCAAAUCAGGAAAUUCACGGACAUAUCUGGAACACUGCAGCAGCAAGCAGUGUCUGCAUGGAAAUUGGCCAAAUGUCCGGGGGGAAACGUCCAAUUUUUUUGUGAUUUUGCAAAUUUUUCUGUCUGGAGAUUCACUUUUUGAAAUAUGACAACUCUAGAUUUACUAAGCUCUCUAGUGGCUCAUUGUCCAUUUUAGAGUUUCAGUGGCAUGUUAUGCGGUGUUCUUGUGACAGCCAGUUUUGGUCUGGUAUUGUUCCUUUGCAAGGAGCCUCACUUGGCACCAACUUGUUGACCUUUUCAGUGCUAGGUGACUUCAUUUAAUAACUUAGGUAACCUGGGCUUUUGUUUUUUAAGUAUUUAUUUCUAAUUUUGAAUGAGGUUUGCUUUUGUUGUAUACAUGCAGAUUUUUAUUUAUGGCUUUCUUUAUUUUGUAUUUACAUUAGGUCUCCUCCUUCUCUUUCAUAUUAUUAGUAUUUUACUUAUGUAUUGUAAGCCACGAUGUGUCUUGGAAGAGUUAUGGAGCAGCACGCAUAUGCCAACAAAUAAGCAAGCAAAUAAUAUUUUUAUUACAACAGUUUUGUUAAAACCAGCUUUGUAAACAUUAUAAAUAUUGUUUUUUAUUUAUAGAUACUGCUGCUCAUUAGAAAUCCAAAAGAUGUGGCCACCUCGUUUUACCAUUUUGUCAAUCGGUUAUCUCCUCUUCCCUCUUACAAUACCUGGGAUGACUUCUUUACAGCUUUUAUGAAUGGACAAAGUAUGUUCCCUCAUUUCACAACUGAAUGCAUUGAGAUUUAUUGGUAGAUAACUAUGCAAAGAAAAGCACUGUAGGCCCAUCAGAAUGACUGCAUUAAUUUGGAUCAAUAUCACAGUUUGAUCAAUUUAGUCCAGGGGUAAGGGAACUUUUUGACCUGGUGGGACAACUCUGGUCCACAACCUGGCCCACAACCUGGUUGCUAAACCUGGCCCAUAACACCCUGUGGACCAGGUUGGGCAAGUGAGCAGGACACCUACUCAGCCAUCUGAUGUCACAAUCGGUUGUUGUAGGACUUGGAAAUGCAAAGUCCCUUUUGGCUAAACCUCACCUUUACCUGCCCGUAAGUCAACAGGGCAUGACUUGACUAAAAUGGCCUCAGAGGUGAAAAAGAAAGACUUGGCAGGCCAAAUUUGGCCCACAAAAUCCAGAACACUUUUGCGUCAUUGGGUUGGGUUUUAUUUCUUACGCUUUGAACUUAGAUGACCGCCAUUCACCGUCAGUGCCCCCUCGGGAAAUAUGAAUAUGGAUGCCUUGAUUCAUAUUGGUGUGUUACCACGUCUUCCUCUUAUUGUCUGUGUUCUUGCUUGCUUUGUAUAUGGUGAUUAUUAUAUAUGGUGAUUAUUAUUAUUAUUAAAUUUGUAUAUCACCCAUCAUCUGUAGAUUUCAGGGCAGUUCACAACAUAAAAAUACAUGCUAAAAACACAAAAUACAUGAUAAAAACAAGAACAAAAACACAAACCAAUAAACAUACUAAACCUCCCUCCCUACCACCACUUCCCACAGACACAUUUAAAAGGGGUAUAAGAUGUUAAUCAGCCAAAGGCCUGGUUGAAAAGGAACAUUUUUUAUCAAUAUCAGACUCUCCAAGUGUCUCUAUUUUCCAGGAACAUCUCUGAUUUAGAGAAGCUGUCCCGGUUUCUGAUUUUAUCCCAGAAUGUCCCAUUUUCUUUAGGACGUCCCUAUUUUCAUUGGAGAAAUGGUGAAGAUGGCUCAUGGAAUUAUCUGACCCAUGAGCCAUCUGAAGUCAAUCCUGUAUAGGGAAACUUUUUAAAAAUGUUGAAUGUUUUAUUAUGGUUUUAUAUAUGUUGGAAGCUGCCCAGAGUGGCUGGGGAUACUCAGCUGGGGCUACUCAGUAAGAUGUGUGGGGUAUAAAUAGUAAAAUUAUCAUUAUGGAAUGGGACGUCCCCAUUUUCAUCGGAGAAAUGUUGGAGGGUAUGUAAUACUCUGCUACUGCACCUUUGGGUUAUCAGUCAUUCUCAUUAUGUUACAGUAUUUUUUUAAAGGAAAGAAACAGGGAUAGGAUUCAUACUUCAUUUGACCCUAUGCCCAUUACAGCCACCAGUCGUUGUCUUUAAUUCCAGAAGUUCAGAAAGUAGAGGCUGGGAAUCUUUUUUAUCUCAAGGUAAGCCUUACAGGGGUCACAAGCCAGUGUUUGGAGAGACCAGAGGUCAGAGUGAGAAAUGUAAAUUCUACCUUUGUACAGUAAACUGAUCGCUAUACAAACACACCCCUUUGUUCUCUAUCCAGACAAGCAAAAUGUGUGGGCAGAGCUGGUGUACAUAUUCCAGUCAGACAAUGACAUUCAAGGAGGGUGUGAAGCAGGACCAGAGAGGGGUGUAUAGCUUGAGGAGAAAGGCAUGUGGCUGUGGAAAAGUGUGGUGUUUGAAAGGUACUGAGGGCCAGAUAUACAGGCUGAUCUAAAUGAUGCUCCUCCUUCCACACCAGGGUAAGAGGGCAUUUCUCUCAUGGCCCUUGGUUAGGAAAUGCCAGGCCUGCAGAUUCUCCACAUAUAUUAAGGAGCAUCUAGGGGAAAACCUAGUUUGUCCAUGGUUUCAUAUUGCAUGCUGUCUCUGGGCAGGGGUAAAUAGAAGAAAAAAGGUGUAUGGACAGGGCCCCCCCCCAUGAGACAGGGUGAAACAGAAGCCAAAGAGGUGACACCCCGCAGGUACCCCACUCACCAUGGUGCCUCUGGAGAAGUGGCGCUGAUUUCAAGUGAGAUUUCAUAAGAGCUCACCAGAAACCAGUGUCUUCUCUGCCACUGUUGGGGGCAUUGCCUUUUUGGCUUCCCAGGGUCGCGGUCGCAUGGCAACACAUUCCCAUUUCACCUCAGAUGGCAAAAAGGGGUGCACUUUCCUCUGUGUAUGGAACUAUGAAGAAGGGAUUGAUUUGCUGUGCCUAAUGAUAGUGGGUGGCGCUGUGGUCUAAACCACAGAGCCUAGGGCUUGCUGAUCAGAAGGUCGGCGGUUCGAAUCCCCACGACGGGGUGAGCUCCCGUUGCUUGGUCCCUGCUCCUGCCCACCUAACAGUUCGAAAGCACAUCAAAGUGCAAGUAGAUAAAUAGGUACCGCUCCGGCAGAAAGCUAAACGGCGUUUCUGUGUGCUGCUCUGGUUCACCAGAAGCGGCUUAGUCAUGCUGGCCACAUCUGCAGACAAACGCCAGCUCCCUCAGCCUAUAGAGUGAGAUGAACGCCGCAACACCAGAGUCAUCCGCGACUGGACCUAGUUGUCAGGUAUACCUUUACCUUUAAUGAUAUAACAUCUACACCUGACUAGCAAAGCCUCGUUAUAUUCAGAAUGCGCAGGAAUGUUUUGAUCUUCAACUAACCAGUCUUGUAUUUCUAUCUUUCCUUGCAGUGGUCUGGGGCUCUUAUUUUGACUUCGUUUUUGAAUGGAAUAAGCACGCUGACGAUGCAAAUGUCAUGGCAAUCACGUAUGAGGAGCUGAAGGAGGUAAGUGCUUUGCUGUGUGGAGGAUGCCCUGCACUUUUGGCAAAGGGCAUUGCUGAAUCCUGGCCAUGUGGCUAUAAAUAGUCAAGACAACGAUGCCUAAUGGUUGGCUCAACUGGAAUACAGUGGUAGCUCCUGUUACGAAUUUCAUCCGUUCCGGAGGUCCGUUCUUAACCUGAAACCAUUCUUAACAUGAGGCAUGCUUUCACUACUAAUGGGGCCUCCCACUGCUGCCGUGCCACCGCUGCGGCACUUCCACUUGCACCCCAGCACAAAGUUCACUACCAGAAGCACCUACUUCCAGGUUAGCGAGGCUUGUUACCCAAAGCGUUCAUAAGGAGGAUGGUAUGUAACCCGAGGUUCCACUGUACACAAACCAGUUGAAACACUUGUAUUACAUCAAAAUGUAUGCGUCUUUCUUUAUAGAGAUGUAUCUAGCAUAAAAAGGUAAAGGUAAAGGGAUCCCUGACCAUUAGGUCCAGUCGUGACCGACUCUGGGGUUGCGGCGCUCAUCUCGCUUUAUUGGCCGAGGGAGCCAGCGUACAGCUUCCGGGUCAUGUGGCCAGCAUGACUAAGCCGCUUCUGGCGAACCAGAGCAGUGCACGGAAACGCUGUUUACCUUCCCGCUGGAGCGGUACCUAUUUAUCUAUUUGCACUUUGAUGUGCUUUCGAACUGCUAGGUUGGCAGGAGCAGGGACCAAGCAACGGGAACUCACCCCGUCACGGGGAUUCAAACCACCGGCCUUUUGAUCGGCAAGUCCUAGGCUCUGUGGUUUAACCCACAGCGCCACCUGCUGUGGCGUAGCAUAAAGUAUGGUAAUUAUAAUCUUUGAGUGAUAUGUGAUUGAAUGACUAGUAAAGGCCUUAGAAUCACAGCAAGCUGCCUUAUAUUGUGUCGGAUGAUUGUUCAGUGGCAGACUUUGGGCUCUCAAAUUCCAGCGGUGCCCUGUGUGAUACUAAAAAUUGGUGCCCCCGCUUCUCACGCUUCAUUCUGCAGCACUUUUUUAAUCCAAUCAUUCUACCCCAUUGUUGUGGUGCCCCCUGCAGUGUGGCACCCAGUGUGACCACACCAGUCACCCACCCUAAAAAUGCUGACUGACAGUGCCUGUCCAGGGUUUCAGCCAAGGAGCAUUUCUCAGCCCUACCUGGUGAUUCCUAGGAUUGAACUUGGGACAGAUUCUCUGCUGUUGAGCUAUUGGCCCUUCUUUCCUUCCAUCCCUCCUUCCACAAAGUGCCUUGGUAGUUCCUACAUCCUAUGGUUCCUGGCAAAGCCUUCCAAGAAAGCGCAGAACUGUACAUUUUUGACAAUUCCUCCAGAAACAAUUAAUACUUAACGUUGCAUAUUUUACUUUCCUUACUUCAGAAUAGACCUUUGGGAGUGAAACGGAUAAGUGAAUUCUUUGACUUGCAACUAACUGAUGACAAGAUUCAAGGGGUUGUGGACAGAAGCAGUUUCAAAGCUAUGAAGGAAAACGCUGGAAAAACCCAUGGCGCAUUUGGUGAUAUUCUUUUCCGCAAAGGUAAACUUCAAAGACAAUGUUAAUGUUCUGCUAGAGUUUAAAAAUAGCUGCAACCAUAUAAUUGCAUGUCCAGGGGCUCUGGGUGCCUGGAUUGUUGAUAUAGCUGCAUUUCAGUCAAAGACAGAGUCAGGGAGAGGAGGCCUUUCUCCUUGUCAACACUGGAACUGCUGUGGCAGUCUGAUAAGAAAGAGGGUGGGAAAGAGGGAGGAGUUCUUCGACUCAUCUUAAAAUCCAAGCUGGAGAAGAAUUUUGAGGACCACAACAUUCCCCUUAUGUUGAAGGCAAGUUGGUGAUGAAAGGUUGGUUGAUGAGUUUCAUAUGUGAAACUAUGGAAGUGUGGACUCUGGAAGCAUCACUAAGAGCAUAUCUCCUGAUCCAAGGAACAGAAUGGCUUGGUGGCCUCAUUGUGACAUUAGAAGUGGUGGUCAUUUAUUGAGGCUCCAUCUGCAACACAUAUUUAAGCCAUUAUUUGGCUUCCCCAAAGAAUUAUGGGAGCUGUGGUUUGUAAAGGGCACUGGAAGUUAUUAGGAGAGCCUGUUCACCUCACAGAGCUAUAGGUCUCAGAGUGGUUUAAUGUUCAACCUCUCUCUUCAGGAAACUCUGGGAUUUGAAGCUCUGUGAGGAAAGUAGGGGUCUCCCAACAACUCUCAUGAGCCUUAACAAACUACAGUUGCAAGAAUUAUUUGAGGAGAGCCAUGCCUGUUUAAUAUUGCAUUCAAUGUAUAGUGCAGAUGAGGGCUCAGAUUAGAUCAUUAGUCUAGCCCCAUCUGGACUUUCUCAGAAGAUAUUUUCUCUUUAGUUCAGAGUAUUGCCCGAUCUUCUCUUCCCUUUCUUUGAGGAAGACACACCAGUGAGCAGAUUUGGUUUUCGAAAGCAAUAGCACACCAGUGGAUAGGGGGGAAAUGUCAUUAGAGCACCCUGAAACUGGAAUUGCAGGAGAAGUUGUCAAUUGAUCAAAACGUAUUGUUGAGGAUAUUAUUAUUAAUGAUAUUCUACUCUGUUCAGGUGGUGUUAGUGACUGGAAGAAUCAUUUCAGUGAAGAGCACAACCAAAAAAUGGAUGCAACAUUUGAAGAACGCUUGGGUGGAACAGAAUUGGGAAGAAAGUUAAAAUAUGGGGUGUACUGCAAGGCUUGA